AUGCCCUCUCUCAAGGUCGUACAAGCUUCCAACACUUCGUAUUCACCUUCCUACAUUCCCACUGCUGUCUUCAUCGGUGGAACGUCUGGACUAGGCCAGUCUAUGGCGGAAAUAUUCGCGGAACAAACUGGUGGGAGAGCCAACAUCAUUAUCGUGGGACGCGAUAAAGCCGCCGCCGACAAGAUCAUUGCUCGAUUCCCUUCUCCAUCAACCUCCUCCGCCGACUCCAACAAAAGGGUGGCAGUCAAGCACGAGUUCAUCUACUGCGAUGCAUCCCUCAUGAAGAAUGUCCACGAAGCAGCCCAACAAAUUGCGAGCAAAGUCGACAAGAUCAACUACCUCGUCUGUAGUAUUGGUGGUGUCGGCUUGGUUCGAACAGAGACUGAAGAAGGAAACGAAGUCUCCCUCUCUCUGAGAGCCUACGCAAGACUCAAAUUCUUCCACGAAUUAUUGCCUCUUGUCCAAAAGGCAAAGGCGGCAGGAGAGGAUGGAAGGAUAAUGUCCAUCCUCGCUGCUGGCCUUGGCGGUUCCAUAGACCUCAAUGAUCUGGAAGUCACACAAGGCUUUGGCAUGAUGAAAGGAAACGCAUAUACGGCCACAUACAACGAUGUCAUGAUCAAGGUCCUUAGUAAACAACAUCCGGAUUUAACUUUUAUUCACAUGUUCCCUGGCGUGGCAUACACACCUGCUCUUCAUGUCACUUGGUGGAGUUCAAUCCUGGCCACCCUUUUCAAACCGCUCAUUCGCCAGCCACGAGAUGCCGGGAAUUUCUUGCUUUAUCCUCUCCUUAGCCCAGAUUUCAGAACUGGUGGAUUCCAUCUUUCCCCGAAUGCGGACGAGGUGGCGCUGCCGGAUUCGAUGACAGAAGAGGUUACAGAAAAGAGUCACCCAUUUACUGGAAAGAUCACGAUGGGAGAUGUACUAGAUUCGAUGUUGGAUCUUAUGCGGUAUAUCAUUCCACUAUCCAAUAAGGGAGACCAUUCCGCUAAUACUGUUGAUCGGUCCUUCUUGUUCCAAACCGCGGCAACCUACUUGGAUAUCCUGACUAUUACAAUGAGGCUACCGCCGACUAGGAUCGAAGAGAAUCUCAACGCGUUAUUGGGAAUCUGUCCAGAAUAUGCAGACGACCUCCUAGGAAGUGUAGAUCAACCUUUAAAGGUCCUCACAGAUAAGACGACCGGGAAAGAGUACCUUGCUUGUGAUUAUAACCGGGAUGGAGAUUCUUAUAGGUGCGGCUCCUGUCUCUUUAUUCUCUUUAUCGAUUAUUACGAGCAUUAUAAACACGAAAUGAGACUAAUGGUCUACACUAGAUCACCCUGGUCAAAUGAGUAUGACCCGCCACUAGACGAUGGAACCGUCCCUUCGGCCAAAUUGCGGAGACUAGAGGUCGCAGCAAACGAGGCGUUCGAUACAUACAGGGAGAU